AUGCGCGUGCUGGACAAACUGAUGGUCGAGCGACUCUCUGCAGAGAGAACUGAGUGCCUCAAUCGCCUGCAGCAGCACUCAGAUAUGGAGAAGCAAGAGGGAGAGAAACGACAGAUGUCCUUGGUGGAUGAAUUAAAAACCUGGUGCAUGGUAAAGAUUCAGAAUCUGGAGCUGAAGCUUUCAGGAGAUUCUCGGACCUCCAGGACUAAAUCCACGCCAUCAACUUGUGAGUCCUCUACAGGUGCGGAUCAAUCAGUGGUGACUGCCGGUCUGAUGCCAGCUUCCGAAGGUUCCCCUCAGGUGGUCAGGCCCAAGGAGAAGGCCGUCCACGCCCCCACUUCUCACAAGCUGCAGCAGGACCUGUCUUCUUCUGACUGUGCAGGCUCCCGGCUGAGGAACGCCAGGGUCCAGACAGCCACACUGCCUUUAAAAGAAGCAGCCCGGAGCGAUCAGCAGGCUGGGCCCUGUGUUGACAGAGGCACUCAAACGAAAAAGUCUGGGAGAAGUGGACAGACGAGACAUCGGGCCCAGCAACCAGCAUCCACCAACACUUGUGGGCCACUGCCUCCCCCAGUGACAGGCAGUGAGCAGACAGCUCCUCAUGUUCGAGACACCUCCCAAGCCCUGGAGCUCACCCAGUAUUUUUUUGAGGCUGUUUCUACCCAGAUGGAAAAAUGGUAUGAAAGGAAGAUUGAAGAAGCACGAAGCCAAGCUAAUAAAAAAGCCCAGCAAGACAAGGCUACGCUAAAGGAACACAUUAAAAGUUUAGAAGAGGAACUUGCUAAACUAAGGACUAAGGUGCAGAAGGAAAAUUAG